CACCCUCCCUCUUCGCCGCCACCAUCGCUACCGUCACACUCUGUGGCGGUGACUUCUGCUGUGUCAUAUUGGAGCCUGCGCUCGCGGAGACACCGCCACGGGCUGAGCUCCGGGAGAUUUCAUCUCGGGGACAAAAGAUCCUGGAAUGUAAAGAAGAAAUAAAAAGGGAUUCAAGAUGGGUGUGAAUUCUGUCACCAUAUCCGUUGAAGGGAUGACAUGCAGUUCCUGUGUUUGGACCAUUGAGCAGCACAUUGGAAAGUUGAAUGGUGUGCAUUAUAUUAAAGUUUCAUUGGAAGAAAAAAAUGCGACUAUUAUAUAUGACCCUAAUCUACAGACACCAAAAACUCUAAAGGAAGCUAUUGAUGACAUGGGCUUUGAUGCAUUUCUCCACAAUCCUAAUUCUAUCCCUGUUUUAACGAAAGCUGUGUGUCUGACUGUUACUGCACCACUCACUCCACCAUGGGACCAUAUCCAAAGCGUAUUGCUUAAGACCAAGGGGGUGACAGACAUUCAAAUUUCUCCUCUACAAAAAACUGCAGUGGUGACAAUAAUCCCUUCUAUAGUAAAUGCCAAUCAGAUAAUAGAGCUAGUUCCAGGUCUCAGUUUAGAUGUUGGAACUUCGGAGAAGACAGCAAAUAGUGAAGACUACACUAUGGAUCAAGCAGAUGAAGUCAUGCUGAAGAUGAAAGUAGAAGGAAUGACCUGUCAUUCAUGUACUAGCACAAUUGAAGGAAAAAUUGGGAAGCUGCAAGGUAUUCAGCGAAUUAAAGUCUCCUUGGACAAUCAGGAAGCUACUAUUGUUUAUCAACCUCAUCUCAUCACAGUAGAGGAAAUAAAAAAGCAGAUUGAAGCUGUGGGCUUUCCAGCAUUUGUCAAAAAACAACCCAAAUACCUUAAACUAGGACUCAUUGAUAUAGAACGCCUAAAGAACACACCAAUCAAAUCUGCAGAAGGAUCACAGCAAAAAAGUCCACCAUGUAUCAGUGAUUCAGAAGUCAUUUUUAUCAUUGAUGGCAUGCAUUGUAACUCAUGUGUUUCAAAUAUUGAAAGUGUUUUAUCUACACUCCAAUAUGUAAGCAGUAUAGUUGUUUCCUUAGAGAAGAGAACUGCCAUAAUCAAGUACAAAGCAAACUCAACCACUCCAGAAGCUCUGAGAAGAGCAAUAGAGGCUGUAUCACCAGGGAAAUACAUAGUUAAUUUUGCAAAUGAAGUUGAGAGUAUUUCAAACUUUUCCUCCACCUCAUCUCUACAAAAGAGUCCUUUGGACAUAGUUAGUCAACCUCUGACUCAAGAAACCAUGAUAAACAUUGAUGGCAUGACUUGUGAUUCUUGUGUGCAAUCUAUUGAGAGUGUCAUAUCCAAAAAGGCAGGUGUAAAAUCCAUACGUGUCUCCCUUGCAAAUAGCAAUGGGACAGUUGAAUAUGAUCCUCUACUAACUUCUCCAGAAACCUUGAGGAAAGAAGUAGAAGACAUGGGAUUUAAUGCCACCUUGUCAGAUAUGAAUGAACCAUUGGUGAUAAUAACUCAGCCUUCAUCAGAAAUGCCACUCUUGACCUCGACAAAUGAAUUUCAUACUAAAAUGAUGACACCAGUUCAUGAGAAAGAUGAUACAAAGACUUCAUCUAAAUGUUAUGUGCAGGUUUCUGGUAUGACUUGUGCUUCUUGUGUAGCAAAUAUUGAACGGAAUUUAAGGCAAGAAGAAGGAAUAUAUUCUGUUCUUGUGGCUCUCAUGGCUGGCAAAGCAGAAGUAAGAUAUAACCCUGCUGUUGUACAACCUCCAAUGAUAGCAGAAUUCAUUCGAGAGCUUGGAUUUGGAGCAACAGUGAUAGAAAAUGCUGACGAAGGGGAUGGUGUUUUGGAACUUGUUGUCAGAGGAAUGACAUGUGCUUCCUGUGUCCAUAAAAUAGAGUCUACCCUUACGAAACAGAGAGGAAUCUUCUACUGCUCUGUGGCUCUGGCAACCAACAAAGCACAUAUUAAAUAUGAUCCAGAAAUUAUUGGUCCCAGAGAUAUUAUCCAUACAAUUGAAAGCUUAGGUUUUGAAGCUGCUUUGGUCAAGAAGGAUCGAUCAGCAAGUCACCUAGACCAUAAACGAGAAAUACAACAGUGGAGACGUUCCUUUCUUGUGAGCCUAUUUUUCUGUAUUCCUGUAAUGGGGCUAAUGAUAUAUAUGAUGGUUAUGGAUCACCACCUUUCAAAUUUUCACCAUAAUCAGAACAUGAGUCAAGAGGAAAUGGUCAACGCUCAUUCUUCUAUGUUCCUAGAGCUUCAGAUCCUUCCAGGAUUGUCCAUUAUGAAUUUACUCUCAUUUUUAUUAUGUGUUCCUGUACAGUUUUUUGGAGGCUGGUACUUCUACAUUCAGGCCUACAAAGCACUGAAGCAUAAAACUGCGAAUAUGGAUGUACUGAUUGUGCUUGCAACCACUAUCGCCUUUUCCUACUCGUUGGUUAUUCUUCUGGUAGCAGUUUAUGAGAGAGCCAAAGUGAACCCUAUUACUUUCUUUGAUACACCUCCUAUGUUAUUUGUGUUUAUUGCACUAGGCCGUUGGCUAGAACACAUUGCAAAGGGAAAAACAUCAGAGGCUCUGGCCAAAUUAAUUUCACUACAAGCAACCGAAGCAACUAUUGUAACACUUGACUCUGAUAAUACCCUUUUGAGUGAAGAACAAGUGGAUGUGGAACUUGUACAACGUGGAGAUAUUGUUAAAGUGGUUCCAGGAGGAAAAUUUCCAGUGGAUGGUCGUGUUAUUGAAGGGCAUUCUAUGGUUGAUGAGUCACUUAUCACAGGAGAGGCCAUGCCUGUGGCUAAGAAAGUUGGGAGCACAGUUAUUGCUGGUUCUAUUAACCAGAAUGGGUCACUACUUAUCUGUGCAACCCAUGUUGGAGCUGAUACAACCCUUUCUCAAAUUGUCAAACUUGUGGAGGAGGCACAAACAUCAAAGGCUCCAAUACAGCAGUUUGCAGAUAAACUCAGUGGCUACUUUGUUCCUUUUAUUGUUUUUGUUUCCAUUGCUACCCUCCUGGUUUGGAUUGUCAUUGGAUUUCUGAAUUUUGAGAUUGUAAAAACCUAUUUCAAUGACUACAACAGAAGUAUCUCCGAAACAGAAACAAUACUACGCUUUGCUUUCCAAGCCUCUAUCACAGUUCUGUGUAUUGCUUGUCCCUGUUCAUUGGGGCUGGCAACUCCAACUGCCGUGAUGGUGGGUACUGGAGUAGGAGCUCAAAAUGGCAUACUAAUCAAAGGAGGUGAACCAUUGGAGAUGGCUCAUAAGGUAAAGGUAGUUGUAUUUGACAAAACUGGAACCAUUACCCAUGGAACCCCAGUAGUGAAUCAAGUAAAGAUUCUAGUGGAAAGUAACAGAAUAUCACGCAAUAAGAUGUUGGCCAUUGUGGGAACUGCUGAAAGUAAUAGUGAACACCCUCUAGGAGCAGCUAUAACCAAAUACUGCAAGCAGGAGCUGGACACUGAAACCUUGGGUACCUGCAUAGAUUUCCAGGUUGUGCCAGGCUGUGGUAUUAGCUGUAAAGUCACCAAUAUUGAAGGCUUACUACAUAAGAAUAAUUGGAAGAUAGAGGAAAAUAAUAUUAAAAAUGCAUCCCUGGUUCAAAUUGAUGCAAGUAAUGAACAGUCAUCAACUUCGUCUUCCAUGAUUAUUGAUGCCCAGCUCUCAAAUACUCUUAAUACUCAAAACUACAAAGUCCUUAUUGGUAACCGGGAAUGGAUAAUUAGAAACGGUCUUGUCAUUAAUACUGAUGUAGAUGAUUCCAUGGUUGAACAUGAGAGAAAAGGUCGAACAGCAGUGUUGGUGGCUAUUGAUGAUGAACUCUGUGGCUUAAUAGCUAUUGCUGAUACAGUGAAGCCUGAAGCAGAAUUGGCUGUUCAUAUUCUGAAAUCAAUGGGCUUAGAAGUUGUUUUGAUGACUGGAGACAAUAGUAAAACAGCUAGAUCUAUUGCUUCUCAGGUUGGCAUUACUAAGGUGUUUGCUGAAGUUCUACCUUCUCACAAGGUUGCUAAGGUGAAGCAACUUCAAGAAGAAGGAAAACGAGUAGCAAUGGUGGGGGAUGGGAUCAAUGAUUCCCCAGCUCUGGCGAUGGCUAAUGUUGGAAUUGCCAUUGGCACAGGCACAGAUGUAGCCAUUGAAGCAGCUGAUGUGGUAUUGAUAAGAAAUGAUCUUCUAAAUGUAGUGGCAAGUAUCGAUUUAUCAAGGAAGACGGUCAAGAGGAUUCGGAUAAAUUUUGUCUUUGCUCUAAUUUAUAAUCUGGUUGGAAUUCCUAUCGCUGCUGGAGUUUUUAUGCCCAUUGGUUUGGUCUUGCAACCUUGGAUGGGAUCCGCUGCUAUGGCUGCUUCAUCUGUUUCAGUAGUGCUUUCUUCUCUCCUCCUUAAACUGUAUAGGAAGCCACCUUAUGAAAAUUAUGAGCUGCAUACACGGAACCAGAUGGGACAGAAAAGUCUUUCAGAAAUCAGUGUACAUGUUGGAAUAGAUGACAUCUCAAGAAAUUCUCCUAAACUGCAUUUGCUGGACCGGAUUGUUAAUUACAGCAGAGCAUCCAUAAAUUCACUACUGUCUGAUAAGCGGUCCUUAAACAGUGUCGGUACCAGUGAGCCUGACAAGCACUCUCUCUUGGUUGGAGACUUCAAGGAAGAUGAUGACACUGCAUUGUAACCAACUGGUGUUGAUACGCACUGACACAGAUUUUAUGAUAUCACAUUGUGGAUUUUCAAAAUAUUGUGGCAGGAUUUUGUUUUAUUUCAUGCUUAUGAAUUCAGAAUUGUAUUUGAGGUUCACUUGCUACUAGUAAACUAUAUUUUUGGGACAUCAGCUCUGAACUUAGUUGUGAAGUAUAGAGAAUAUUUCUCUUUUGUAGCUGUUCUCUAUGCCUGUUUUCCCCCUCCUCCCUCUUAUGGGGAGGGGUUCUGUGUGCAUCUGAAUAAAUAGAGGCAAG